AUGCGGUGUCCUUUCUUUAAUGCAUUAAGAGAGUAUGCAGAGAGGCCUAUAGGGGUAUUUCAUGCCUUAGCAAUUUCAAGAGGAAAUUCUGUUCGUAGAAGCAAGUGGAUUCAAUCUCUUAUUGAUUUCUACGGUACAUCUUUAUUUAAAGCUGAAAGCUCUGCUACUUGCGGCGGUCUUGACUCUCUUCUUGAUCCCCACGGUUCUCUCUUAGAAGCACAAACACUUGCUGCAAGAGCGUUUGAAGCAGGCUAUGCUUUCUUCGUCACCAACGGUACCUCUACAUCCAAUAAAAUCGUUAUUCAAGCAUUAACGCGGCCUGACGACGUGGUGUUGAUAGACAGAGACUGUCACAAGAGUCAUCACUAUGCAUUGGUGUUAGCUGGAGCUCGACCUUGUUAUUUAGAUGCUUAUCCUCUUCAUGAAUAUUCAAUAUACGGGGGUGUAAGAAUAGAAGAUAUAAAGAAAGCAUUAUUAGCUUAUCGUGCUGCUGGGAGGCUUCAAGAAGUGCAGCUUCUUGUUAUUACAAAUUGCACUUUCGAUGGUAUUGUAUAUAAUGUUAAGCGUCUAUUAGAAGAGUGUUUAGCUAUUAAACCUGAUCUUAUCUUUCUCUUUGAUGAAGCCUGGUUUGCUUAUGCUGGCUUUCACCCUAUACUUAAAACCCGAACGGCUAUGCACUGCGCAAACGAACUACGCAGAGAACUGAUGGAGAGGAAGUAUCAUCAUCUGCAUGCAACGCUGCUCGAUACCUUGAAGGUUCCUUCUUUAGAAGAAGCAUCUGCUGCUGCUCUUCUUUCUCAUCGUUUAUAUCCUAAUCCACGCAAAGCUAAAAUUAGGGUGUAUGCAACCCAGUCAACUCAUAAGUCUUUGACUUCUUUACGUCAAGGGUCUAUGGUACUUGUAAAUGAUGAUUUGUUUGAAUCUCAUGUACAUACUUCUUUUAAAGAAAGCUAUUAUACGCACAUGUCUACUUCACCCAACUAUCAAAUACUUGCAACCCUAGACGUCGGUAGAGCCCAGAUGGAGCUCGAAGGCUACGGCCUUGUGGAAAGACAAUUAGAAGCUGCAUUUCUCAUCAGAAACGCAUUAGGAAAAGACCCUUUUGUCUGCAAAUAUUUCAGAAUCUUAGGGCCUCACGAUAUGGUGCCUGCUAGCCUGCGUCAAAGCUCGUUGCAAAGCUGCUGCGGAGGCGGAAUGAUGGAUGAACAAAUGAAUGUUCAAACUUUAGAAGAAGCGUGGCUUUCAGACGAUGAAUUUGUCUUAGAUCCAACGCGCAUUACGUUGUACACUGGCAAAUCUGGCUUAGACGGCGACACAUUCAAAGAACUCGAAAUGAGGCGUCUGCUGAGCAGCCGGAGAGAAUUGGAAGAAUUGCAAAAGCAGAUUGACCUCAUCGUCUGCGACUGCCCUUCACUGCCAGACUUUUCAGGAUUUCACCCGGCGUUUGCUCGCGUACGUCAGCAGAGACUUCGAUUGCAUGCAAAGCGAAUAGCAGCAGCAGAAGCAGCAGAAGAAGAACAGAAGCACGGCGACAGAUAUCUUAGUUCAACACCAACAAGUAUAGACAGAGCCGAUCACAACUACAACUCCAGCAGCAGCCAGCCGCAUUCACCAAUAUACAACGAUGAAUUGCUAAAGGAAUGUGUACGAGAUGGAGAUGUAAGAGAGCCUUUCUAUCUAAGUUAUGAUGAAGAACAUGUUGAAUACUACAGCCUCCAGCAAGCUAUACAACUCAUUAAAGAAGGAAGAACCCUCGUCGGCAGCACUUUUAUUAUUCCUUAUCCCCCGGGCUUUCCAAUCUCGGUGCCUGGACAAAUUCUGUCUUCUGCAAUAGUAGAGUUUUUGAUAAAGAUUGAUGUGAAGGAGAUACACGGCUUUGACUCAAAGUUAGGGUUGCGAUGUUUUAAAGACUCUCUUUUAAACUCUCUGAUGGAUGUUUGCUGCAAUCAGCAGCAGCAGCAGGAGCAGCAGCAGCAGAACAUUGAAGUGCAGCAGCAGCAGCAGCAGCAGAACAUUGAAGUGCAUGCAGAACAUUCUAAUACUCCAGUGCAUACAGAAACAAAAAGAGAAAAUAAUUCAGCAGCAACACCUACACCUCUUCUUCCAGAUACACACAUCGCAGAGGAGGACGAAUAA